AGGCCUGGCAGAGAACUCAGAUUUCAAGAUAUCCCUCACCUCUGGAACCGCAUAUAUGGAUGCAUUCAAACGGAGUUACGAUCCUUUGUGGCAAAAAGCAUGGAAAGAACGAAUUGAACCCAAUUUGCACACUUAUCCCACAAGUGCUGAAGGUCACACCAAAAACAUAAUGAAAUCCCCUUCAAUAGCUCAUUAUGACAACUUCUUUGCCAUCAGCGUCUUGUCUGCUUUAGCGGAUUGUGAGAUAAUCGCCAAUCCCGCCAAGUACGAUGUAAAGCCUUAUGCCUACGGAUUUCAAAAGGACUCUCCCUAUUUGGGCCUGUUCAAUCACUACUUGAAACAACUUCGUGAACGAGGAACCACCAAAAAGAUACUCGAAAAAUAUGACAGCCAACCUCAAGUCUGUCCAGAUUAUAGCGGAAAGCCCUUGGGACUGAACAAUUGCUUCACGGCGUUUGUAUGUCUAAUCUUGGGCUUGUUGGUCGGACUGGCCCUAUUAGUCAUUGAAAAGUCGGCUCAAAUGAUAUCUGAUAUCACUGGCCUCAGCUUCAAUUGGCUUUAUUCAUGUGGAAAGAUGGAUCCACUCAAGGAAGAUCAGGUCAUUAUGGAAGAUGCAAAUCUUGAUUUUAUGGCCAAAGUGAUCAUUCAGGAGAAGAGUAAACGCAUUCGAGAUCUUGAGGACCAAUUGAACCUUUACCAAAACGGAUCAGUGGAAUCAAAAUCCAGCCUUUCUCUGCGAAGAAGAAAAAGAAAAGAGCGAAUGAUUGAAGGAAGCCAUCAAGGAAAGGAAACAUUUGAUUACUAUUAGAACUAAUCAGACAGGACUAGUGAUUUUUUAGAACAUUUUUGUAAUUGGAAGCAACAAGUUCAAUGACAACAAGGCAUCAUUCUGGAAGUCUGAAAUGAUUAAAACCUUGUGCUAAACCUAUUUAUUUUUGAUCAGUCACUCUAUCUCACAUGCUGUAAGUUGACGUACUUUAAAUUCUAAUAUGACACGCCCAAAAUUCCAUUCAAAGCCUGCUAUGAUCACGAAUUCAGUCUAUUUCUUGCUUGAAAAAUAAAACUUAAAAAAAAAAACAAUUGCUCGCUUAAAAGUCGAAUCAGGAGAUUCAAGAGGCCAUACAUGUUUCAAUUGAUGUUGAGCCAAGGUAUUAGUACAGAGAGAGAGCUACACCCAAAAUAACAUUUUUUGAUUUUUGCAGUACAACUCACUCAAUUAAUGAAAAUUGUUAUGAUGGACCAAGGCAGUCAGUGACAAACUGACUCAAAAUCCGGCCAAAAGUUAUGUACUAGCUGAUGAAGUCAAGUGUUCGCAUUUUUUCCCGCGCAUUGUGAGGUCUAGACAUUUUAUGGUCUCUGGACUUAAACAUUAGUGAUGGGAUCAGAUAAAUAUUCAAAAUCAAGGUUGCCGAAAAACAUGGAAAGUGUAGCACCGACAGAUUACAUCGCCACGUAAAAUUUAUAAGCCUGAGUAAAAAACAACCCUGGUUGGACAAAAGGAAAAUCAGGGUUACUUUUUG